GUAGUAAGUUUUAUCCCCCCCCCCCCCCGCCCGGUGCAAAGAGGGCCGUUAUCAGAAGAAGGGACUGCAUGUUGAACAUCUCCGCCAGUUCGGCAAGGGGGCCAGCUUUGACAAAAGAGGUGGGAGGAAAAAGACCAAGGGGCUAACAACCAGCCGCGAUGGAGGGCUUCAGCUCCAAGGACAUGGCCAUGCAGAUGCAGAAGAAGAUCCUGAGCCGCAUGGCCAGCAAGUCAAUGGUGCAGAUGUUCAUCGACGACUUACUUCUCAUUCUCCCUUCAGAAACAAAAACGAAACAAAACGACGCCGCCGAUUGGGCUCAUCCCCCCCCCACACACACACAAACUCACAAGCAAAAAAAACACGUUUUUUUCUUCCCUUCCCCUCUCAUCUCUCUCUUUCUUACCUUCCCUCCCCGAAAGGUGGAGUUCACUUUCGACAAGGCCGUGAUGGCGGAGAUCCUCACCGACUGCCGCGACAUGCUCCUCCGCCUGGUGGACAAGCACCUGACGGCCAAGUCCCACGGCCGCAUCAACCACGUCUUCAACCACUUCGCCGACACGGAGCUCCUCACCCAGCUCUACAACCCCGGGGGGCCGUUUCGCCCCAACCUGCAGAAAAUCUGCACCGGCCUCAACAAACUGGUCGAGGAGGGAAAACUAUGAGGUGGCGGGCGAGGGAGAAGGGGUGACUCCCACCCCCCAGCCCCACUCAAAUGGUGGACCGAUAGUGGGGAAACUGGAAAAUUGAGCGUGGAGACUUACGGGCACGGGUAGUGGACCGAAACAAAAACAGACUUCGUGUUCUUCCAAAUCACGGUUCAACGGGUUCAUUUACGACCACCGAAAUAAAAUGCAGGUCUCCCGGUGAAUUGCCCUGGAAAAAAAAGAUGGGGGAUAUUGCCAUCCUGCGCCAUAUGUACUCGCCUCCUGUACUUUUUGGGUGUAAAGUGAGUGUCGAUGUGCAGGAGGGCCUGUUGUCGCCGCCGUACGACUGGACGGGGCUUAUUAUUUAAGACGAACCGGUACUGGGACACAAAUUACUUUAAAAAAAAAUAAACGAAUUGUUAAGGAAGCAGGAAACCGGCGACGACCAAGGCAGGCUUUCCUUGCUUCUUGUUCUUUAAUUUUG